UAGGAUACUACGUUACAGACCUGGCAACUUUGACUAUGCGCUGGAUACAGCAGACAGUAUGGCGGACAGCGAAAGUGAUUUGGAAACAGACGGGCUUGAAUUAGCUCUGGACACAUUGUGUAAUAGACACUGCAGAAAUCAGUCGUCUCUGAAGAGCAAAGGCUAUUGCUCUGAGUUUUGUGAGUUGGUUGAGGAGUACACGGGACAAUGGCAAGUUCCUCUCCCUCAGCUGAAGGUGCUGCGGACUGCACUGAGCAGUUUCACCAAAGCCACUGCUGCCUUCCCUGAUGACUGUCAGCACAUCCACUAUGUUCUCAGCAGUCUGGCCUUGAGCUUCUUUGAACUGAUGCUGUUUUUCAGCAAAGAAGAAUUUGUGGAAAAGCCUUUAAAAGACAUUGUUGAUUCCUUUCAGGAGUGCCACUCUCAACUCCUGAGGCACAGGAACAUCUACCUUCAGCAUGUGAAGCAGAUCAUCAAAGCAGGAGGCCCAUGGGAGAAUCCAGUGCUGCAAGGAAUCCUGAAGGAGGCAGACUUGCCAUUAAAAGAGGUUGAGGACUACUUAAGCUCAGAGUUGCCAGUAUUCUUUGAGCUGCGAGUUCGCUAUCUGCAGGCCUGUGAACGAAUGCAAGAGGCCAAGGCCCUGGCUAAAAGCUGCCUGGAAAAUCGCGACGCUGGAAAGCAUCUCUACUUCCAUCAGGCCUACCUGACCUGCCUCUACAAGGCCUCACUGCAUGAACACCUUCAUAAGGAGAUGGCAGAGAUAGAUGGCCGUAAUGCAGUGGAGAUCAUCUGCAACACGGAGAGUGUUGAAAAAGAUGAGCUUCUGUUGUCGCUGUGUAAAGCUUUCCUUACCCAGCAGCUACAUAAUGGAGACAUGUACUACAUCUGGGACCUGGUGUUCAUCUGGAGCAGGUUGCAUCUUAGGGCUCAUCCCUCCAGAGAAGGCUUCUUGGCUGAGUGCUUGCAGUUGGCGUCCUCUGCUACUAACGUCAGAGCCAUCUUCCCCUUCAUCAAACUGGUCACUACAGAGCUGGGGGGUGAAGGAGUCCAGGUCUGUGUGGAGCUUUGUGCCAGGGCUUUGCAGCUGUGUGACAUGCCGGCUGACAGUGUAACCCGGUCCCUGGUCUGCAAGACCAUCGCUUUCCUGCUGCCUCAUGACCUGGAGAUCUGUCGAGCCUGUGCCCUGCUGGUCUUCUGCCAGGAACGCAGCCUGGAGGCUUACCGAACUGUCUGCCUGCUUUACAUGCAUCCUGACCAGGAGCCGCAUCCCAACAACAGCCCUGUCCGGACCAGUGUUCGCUUCCAUAUUCUGCAGAUGCUCAAGGAGCGCCUGUGUUUUGACCCUGAGUUUUGGAACCUCCUGACCCUCAGGACACAUUGCUUAGAGUUGAUGAGUGACAAGGUCAUGAAGGCUGCAGUUCUCAGUGAGAUGGAGGAGGAAGAGGAAGAGCUGUUAGUAAAUAAUUGUGUAAAUGACUUAUGCACUCAAGGUUUCAAUUCCUGCCAGUGCACUGAAGCUACGUUUGUGAACCAAGACCUUCCAGAAAAGCAGACUAUGGAUGGAGAGACAAAGAGAAAGUGUGUUGCCCCAUCAAAUAAUGCUCUUCUGAAGAGGAGAACUUGGAGGAGAAGAUUGCGAAGGAGAAAACAAUCUAUGUCUGACGAUGAGGCUGACCUUGGUGAUGAUCCAGAGAUCAAAUACAAUCUCAAAUCCACCUCUUUAGGCAAUGACCCUAUGUAUUCACUUAGACGCAAUCACACUAACAUGGAAAAUUCUGCUUCUGUAAAACUCCCUCUAAACCGCAAGAGAGAAUACUUGUCUAGAUGUGUGAAAAGCCAAAUUUUGAAAAGGAAAGGUCAGAAGAAAAGAUGGUUGCAAGGUCUUCCAAGGCUGGAGCAGGUGCAGACAGUUAAGGAGAAGAAGGUCAAAGUUAAAGGGAAAAAACGGGGACGGAAGCCUUUAUCGAAACUGGAACUCUCCUUCCCUGAUAAUGAAAUAUCCCUUACAGAGGAGGAGUCUGGUUUUGAGGAGAUAACUGACACAGAAGACAAAGAGCAGGAUAUGCCUCACCUGGAGAAUGAACUUGAACAAAAGAGUGAACAGAAUGAGAAUCAACAUGAGCAGAUGGAUGAUCUUGAGAAGGAAAAUGGAUUUGAGGAUCAUACUGACUUGGUCUGUGGUAGCAGUCUCAGUGAACUAACCCAAGAGGAAUCUCAAACACCGUUUGGUUCCAAGCUUGGUGAAGGUCCUCCUAGCGAGCCUCAAGCUGCUGUUCCUGCUGUUGAAGCAGACCCUGAGCUUGAUGGUCCACCCUUAGAAUUAUUGGAUUGUCCAAUAGCACUGUUACACAGCUACUCUCUUAAAUCCAAAAAGCCUGACGGUGAGAAACUGCAACCUCCAGAAUCUGCAGCAUCAGAUGAGCUUAAUGGCGACACAGAACAGGAGCCCCAACCCACAAUGGAAACAGAAGUGUCCAACACAGAGGUGAUAGCCAAGAGAACGUGGAGGGACAGAGUACUCCGUACUCAACAAUAUGCCCACUUGAUGUACCACUGCAACUUCUGCCACAAAGACUAUAAAGGCUUGAAUGUUAUGAGGCACGCUCUCUCACACCUGAAGAGUAGGAAACUAAGAUGUAUACUCUGUGGAAAACGCUUUAAACAGCUUCCUUUUGCCAAAAAGCAUGUUCUGGACCACAUUGAUGAAAUGUGCAAGCAGAAACCCCCUGAUAAGGAGCUAUGCACUGAGAACACUCCAGCUGCUAAUGGAAUAGUGGAUAAUGUGGAAAAUCAGAGCCAGCCUCUGGAUAAAAAUCAGACUUCCAUUUCUGAUGUGGAAACUCCUGAACAGAAACCUGGAGGUAAAACUAAAGUGUCAAGCCUCAAGAGGGAAGAUCGAAUCAUCAGGAACCUCCGUACCCUCAUCAAAAAGACAUCUGUGCUUCACAAAAAGUGCAAGAACCCUAACGCAAAUAUAUUCAAGCAGGUAGACUUCAAAGAUGAGCAGGUAAUCAUUAAAGAUGGCCUGGUGAUUGUAAGAGAUCAAUCUGUGAUGGAGAAGGAGGGAGAAGGAGAGGGCAAGGAGAGGCCAGCAGGAGAAAAUGGCUAUGGUGUCGACAUCACAUAUCACUUGUGCCCCUCGGAGUCCUGUGAUAGAGUAUUCUUGAGGAUCAGCGCCACACUAACAAAGCAUGCUAUCAAAUGCCAUAUUAGCGAAGACAAGGUGCUGGAGAAGACUUUUGUUUGGGCAAAACACAAGUGCAGCCUAUGCCUCAGGCAGAUACAGUUUCUUCAGCAAUAUAAGGACCACAUGAAGCUCCACGAUACACCUCUCCAGCACUUCUGCUACCACCACCAGUGUAACCAGCGCUUCUUGACACAGCAGGAAUUAAAGGACCAUGUCAGAACCCACCAGCCUUUCAGACCUCAAUGUCCAUUCACAGACUGUGAGAAGUUAUUCUCAAGCCUUCAAGGUCUCUAUGACCAUGAAUGGAGACACUAUAUCCCAGCGCCUCAAAGAGAGGAGCUAGAGUUGGGACCCAGCAGACAGAAACAGCAAAAUGCUGAAGCUCCAUGGAAGCAGAGAGUGAAGGUUGAGGAGAUAUGGUUGCAGAGUAAAAAGGGGCAGACAGAGAGUACAGCCCUUGAUCAUGUUGAGGCCUCUAAUCUUGAAAAUUUCAGAGAAAUCAAAACUGAAGAUCAGCCUUGUGAUGCAAAUGUCCUGGACAGCAGUCAAGACCUGUCUAGAUCUGAUAAUUGUUCAGAGAAAACAGUCAGCUAUGAGCCCACAGAUGAAAGCAAAGCCACUAUCAAUGGCUAUCAGAAUGAGACAACAAACCAAAACCAAAUGUCAGAGGGAAAGAACUCCACUUCCCAUACUGGUGCGGCUGCAGCAGCUCCACGUAAGAGCUGUCGAAAAAGAACACCCAUCGAGUGGGACCCCUUGAACGUCCGAGACCUUGAGGAUUUGUCCACUUUGGCUGAGGGAGUCCAGCAGAAACUGGGAGAGCCACACAUCACUGAGCACAAAACAUUCAAACCUGAAGAUCCCUCCUAUGCGACUUUUGUCAAAGCCCCCUUCAUCCGGCCGCCACCCUCCACCUACCUGGAUGAAUCUCUGCUCUCAAUGCGCAAGAGGAGGUCCACUGAUGAGGCUGCUCCAAGGAAAAAUGUUUACUGGAGCAAUAAGAAAAAGAAGGAGCCUGCCCCAGAAGAGCAGCAGGUGGUCAAUGUGGCCCCUGAGCAGAAGAUCAGGCAUCGCUGCGACAAAUGUCUUUCCUCCUUCAGCAGCGUAGAAGAACUACAGAAACACCAAGCCCUUAACACCUGCUCUGCACUCUUUGGCUUUGAUUCUGAUGAUGAAAGUUAGUGCUAAGUGAAGAGGAGCUGUAACUGGAGUGACCAUUGUACUCUGCCACCUUGCUCAGGGCACGCAUUCAAGAUCAAGGAACACUGGAACCCUUUCUUAAUACUCAGAUACAGCACUUAUUUAAUUCUUGGAUAACAGUUUUUAAACAAAGGCGAAAUAUGUGCCAAAAUGGUUUAUUGGAGUACUUUUUUGUCUCCUAAUUUAAUUCUUAGAACCUUUUGAAGCAAUAAUUUUGACAUCUAAAACUAGUUUUCAACACAUCCACAAAACAUCGUCAGUGUGCGCUCUGUCAAGUAGGUACAACAAUAACAAAUCUGUGAUGAAUCUAUAUAUUCUCAUAAGUUGAAAUUCAUCCACCUUUUCAAACAAUAUUGGUUAUAUAAACUAAUUUUGUUUUCUCAGCAAAUCUAAAAGUAACCCAGAAAAAUGCCUUGGAAGUGAUAAACCAAAUGUCCCAAGACAACGUCCCUAGAAUGAAAAAACACAAUAGUUGUCCGUGUACUCAGUUACGUACAGCCUUAAAAUAACUUGUAAUCGCAGUUUUCCUAUUUUAGACCACAGAAUGCCAAACCUUUGCCAGAUACUGUGGUAAAGUAACACAUGUAACCUUCAGGAAAAGGAUUGUGAACCUGCUAUGGGAAAGAUAUUGCUCAUCCAUGUAUUUGCAUGGCUAAAACGUCAUUAUUGAAGCAACUACAUUUAAAUAGCACUUACAUUUUAACCAGGGCUGAAUUUCAAGCUUAUUCCACGGUACAUAAUAAUACAUUUAAUUCAGUCAUUCAUUUAAGGAGGCGAAGUUUUGUAUGGAUAAAUGAAAUGCUUUUGCCUUUCCUAGCAUACUUUGGGUAAAAGACAGAAACACACUGUUGGGGUCACUAAUCCAUCACAUUACACGUCUUUUGUCAUAGGUUAUAAGGUACCUCUAGGUAGCUUGAUAAACACUCACCCAUUGACCCUUGCUUUCCGUCAGCUGCAAAAUGCUUUCUUGGGUGUAGUUUGCACCAUACACUGAGUCAGAAGUUUCAUCUGUCACAGAUAUACAAAGCAAUGGAGAACCCCCCUCAGUCCUUUCCCAUUAGAACUUGGUAUAGCUACAAAAAUGAAUGACUUGUCUAGAAGCCAUUUCCUUUACAUGGUGAUGUAUUUUAUUUAUUUUUGGUUGCCUUUAAGUCUGACCUGUUGACACUAUGAAUUACAUAUCCAUUUGGCCCAUAUAAUGAAGACCUUAACAGUCAGGUAAAGUGAGCCUGAAAGAAUGUAAUUUUUUUAACCACAAAUUUACAUAUUUAAUUUGAACUUAAGCAGGCAUUCUUCUUUUCUGAAUCAAUUUGAUUUAAAUCAUUUUACAUCUAUUUUAAGCCUCUCUUUUUUACAAGGUUUUUAGACAAAUGGCUGCCCAACUAAUUUCUUUCAUGGACAACACUAACUUAUUUUACACUACAAAAAAAAUGGGUUUGCAUUGUUGAUCUGGCUUUGAAUUUUUUUUUUUUUUCCUCAUUCCUUGGUGGUAGUGGGUCUUCCAUCACACUCAGAGGGACUUCUUGCACAUCUGGCUGCCUCACCUGUGGUGUUGGAAAAUGAUGGCAGAAACAUGGCAUUAUUAAUGGUCUCAGCUUAAUAUCUGAAAGUCCUAUCCUAUUUUGUCCUUAAGAGUAUGGAUUUUACAUGCAGUAUAUCAUAAGCAGUGUUUGCAACUGUAUGAAAUAUUGUGAAAAACCAUGUUAAGUGGUGGCAAGAUGAGCUCAAUGCGCAUUGCCUUCUCUUAGCACGUUUAAUUAUUGUAGUCUUCCAAAUGAAUCAUACUGAGCAUUGGUCUUUGUAGAGAGGAUGUAUACAAAGUCUCACUAGAGGUGACAAUAACAUUGGACAUGUGUUGGUUGUUUCCACAUCUCUAUACAGUUUAAUUGUGUGUUGUCAGCAUAAUUUGUGUGGGCUGCUGUUUUUGUAUGUAAGCAGGAUUGUCAAGAUUGGGUUUACCUUUGUUACAAGUCUUCUGGUCAUGGUAUGACACAGGAAUCAGUCUGCCUUCAUACUGUCACACUAUUAUUCUGUACAGUAUAUGAAUUCACGAUUUUAUUAGUGCCAAGACAGAAUCAGUGUUAGACUGUAGCUAAAGAUAAACAUUGAAAUCAGUAACAGAGUACCAGUUUGCUUUGAAUUUCAAUUUGUCAAAGGAUUUCAUUCAUACGUUUAACUUAAUGACCAUGUAUUUCAUUAUGUAGAAAAUUUCACAUUGGUUGUUUAUGUAUAUACUUUUGAGGUGGUUGAUUUGUUUAAUAACUUUUUAAUGUAAUGUUUUUUAUGGGACUGUGCCCUUAAACUUGCUUAUUUAUAUGUAAAAAUGUUAAUAGAUUGGAUUUGUAAAGGUAAUGAUUCCCCAUCUAUUUUUCUUAAAGAAAAAGUGAUUCCAUUUGUUUGAAUAAACAAAUGAAACAAA